AUGGCUCCACCCCUGCAACCCACCCCCGUCGACGCCAACCCGACCGCCGAUCUCCCUCACCUCUCCACCACCACCAUGGACGACCUCAUCCCCAUCCGCCCAGACACGCCCCCCACCAUAGACUCCGACGGCCUCAUCUCCUCCGCCCCCGACACCCCCCCGCUCAGCAAAACCGCCCACAAACAAACCCACUGGCCCGACCCGCUCAUCAUCGCGCCGACAGCCCCACACACGCACACCCUCAUCCUCCUCCACGGCCGCGGCGGCAACGCCAAAGAAUUCGGCCCCUUCCUCCUCUUCGCCACGCCCACCUCCUCCGAGCUCUGCCUGCCCGCCCUCUUUCCCGGCGUCAAAUGGGUGUUCCCCACCGCUAAAAAACGGCGCGCGGCGCUGUUCAAGCGCAUGCCGAUUAGCCAGUGGUUCGACAACUGGUCGCUAGAGUACCCGGAGGACAGGCAGGAACUGCAGUAUGAGGGGAUUGCGGAGACGAGUGCGUUUGUGGCGGGGUUGAUUGCGGAGGAGGUGAAGGAGUUGCGGGGCAGGGCGGGGAGGGUGGUGUUGGGGGGGUUGAGUCAGGGGUGUGCGGUUGGGUUGCAUGUGUAUUUGAAUUGGAAGGGGGAGGGGGAGUUGGCGGGGCAGGCGUUGGGCGGGUUUGUGGGGAUGAGUGGGUGGUUGCCGUUUGCGACGGCGUUGGAUCCGAAGAGUGAGGAAGAGGUUGGUGAUGAUGAUCCGUUUUGUACGUCUGACGGAGAGGGCGAGGAGAAGAAGGUGAAGAAGACGGCGGAUGAUGGGCGGACGCAGCUUGAGAAGAUUCAGUUGCGGGCGGCGAAUACGGCGCGUGAUAUUGCGUCGAUGCCGCCGCUGUCGGGUGAGGGGGAUGAUGUGCCGGCGUUCCCGCGUACGCCUGUCUUCUUGGGGCAUGGGAGGAAUGAUCCGAAGGUUUUGGUGGAGCUGGCGGAACGCGCAAGGGAUGUGCUCGAAUCUCUGGGCUGCAAGGUGCAGUGGCGCGAUUACGAUAGUGGGCAUUGGUACAAGGUGCCGGAUGAGAUCGACGACAUUGUCAAUUUCUUGACUGAAGAUGUCGGCAUUGGACGGGAUGAGGAUUAA